AUGGGCUGCUUUCAUUCUAAAGUAACAAGACACGAAGACCCUAUUGAACUCGCUUCUCAAACUGCCUUUACUGUUGGUGAAGUUGAAGCACUCAUUGAGCUAUUCAAGAGCAUAAGCAGUUCUGUGAUCGAUGAUGGGCUGAUUAACAAGGAAGGGUUUCAAUUAGCCCUGUUUAUGAAUAAGAAGAAGGAUAACAUUUUUGCAAAUCGGAUCGUUGAUUUGUUUGAUGCCAAGAAGAAGGGAGUCAUUGAUUUUGGUGACUUUGCUUCUCAAGAGGACAAGACUGAAUUUGCAUUUAAACUUUAUGAUAUGGAUGAAACGGGUUUUAUUGAGCGUAAUGAGGUCAAGCUAAUGUUGAUUGCACUUUUAUGUCAAUCUGAAAUCAAGUUGGGCGAUGAAAUCAUUGAGGUUAUUCUUGAUAAGACGUUUUUGGAUGCCGACAUUAAUUAGGAUGGGAAGAUAGAUAUAUUAGAAUGGCAAAACUUGGUUGCCCGUAAUCCAUCGUUGUUGAAAAUCAUGACUCUCCCCUACUUGAGGUAUGACAUAACAACAACAUUUCCAAGCUUUGUUUUUAAUUCCAAAGUAGACGAGGUUGCUGCGUGA